AUAAACUAGCGUUUCUUCAACGGCAAAAAAGGACUAUAAAUUCAUGGCGAUUACAACACAAUAACCUGCAAUUUAUUUUACCAUUACCAUAACAUAAGCUUCCUAGUUUUUCUUAUCAACAAUGGCGUUUAAAAAAAUUGUAGCUCAACGUCUUUUCAGUGCAUACAAAAUUACUCGUCCUUCGUUAACAACUUGCCGUAUUUGUUCAUCGACAAUGACCAAAUCGAUUGCUGGUUCGAAUCCCGAUAAGAUAGCUCCAGAUCCCGGAGAAGGUGGAUACUUCCGUCGGUCUCUCCACCGGAGUUCUGUGUUUCAAUCGCCGGAGCUCCGGUCGAUUCCAAUCGGUGAAAAGCUUCUCCAGAAGCUGAGAGGAAUGGACAUUGCUAAAGAUAGGAUUAGGCUAGACGGACUCAUCCCGCCUCCGGAGAUGAGCGCGAAUCUCGAGGAGGAGGAGGAGAAAUUCUCGGUUGAGGAUGCAAAGAAGGUGCUGAGGUUGGCACAGCUUGAGGCUGUGAAAUCGAGGAUAAGGCAGUUGGAGAAGGACUGGAUUACGUAUCCGGAGUUUAUUCAGAUCUGUAAUGGCGCUUGUUCAAACACUGAUCAAGCCAUUGAAUUUGCAAAGAUGCUUGAUCAAUCGGGAAUUGUAAUUGUUUUGGGAAACGCCGUGUUCCUUAAGCCUGACAAGGUGGUGAAAGCCAUGGAAGGCUUAAUGCCACUGCCCUUGGCCCAGCCAAAAGAUCCACAAUUGAUGAGGGAGAUUCAACAAAUGGAGGAGAAGAAAUCAGCUAUCGACAAGAAGGCGGAACAGUUGGUGCAGAGAGAGUUGUGGUGUGGGCUAGGAUUUUUUGUGAUUCAGACUGCAGCUUUCAUGAGGCUCACUUUCUGGGAGCUAACAUGGGAUGUAAUGGAGCCCAUUUGCUUCUAUGUUACAUCCUUUUACUGCAUGGCUGGUUAUGCUUUCUUCCUUAGGACCUCCAAAGAGCCUACUUAUGAAGGCUUCUUCCACAGCCGGUUUAUCGCAAAACAAAAGAAGCUCAUGAAGCUUCACAAUUUUGAUCUUCAGAGAUACAAUGAACUCCGCAAAGUUUGUGAUCCACACUCAUCGAUUCCUGCUGGAAACAACACUGCUAACACCAUAACAUUUCAUUCAUCACCCGUGAUGUCCACAGCAUAGAAUGUGGCGAUUUUACAUGACUAUUUUGUGAGUAACAUUCGAUAUUAUUUAGGAAUACCGGAAGAAAGAGGAACCUAAAAUUGGAAAAGAAAGAUGAUACAUUUUGCUUUUUCUUGUUACUUGUUUUACUUAAAGUCGGUAUCAAAUGGAUCUGAAAGAUACAUAGAGCUGAUCCCAAUUGAUUUGGGGCUGAGGCGUUUGUUGUUGUUGUUGUUUACGUUUUACUUUUAACCUAGACUAACAUUUGAGUUUCUACAUCACGGCUAAUGUAUACUAAGUGAUGAGGGUUCAGGUAAUUAAUGGAAAUUCACUGAAAUUUCUAA